AUGGAAGAAGAGGAGGUUAAGAACGGGUCUGUAGCUGUCAAGGAAGAAGACGCACCUUUCCCUCUUACUGAGCUCGAUAAGAUUGGCCUCAGUCAAAAGGAUGAAGACUUUAAGCUCCAUACUUGGGACGAUUUGAAAGAAAUUAUCGAAACCAACAACCUCGCCCUCCUCACACGCACCCCCUCCCAAAUCCGCGCCUACAUAACCUGGUGCAGUAAAAUAAACCGCGAAUACGGCAGCGUCUCCAACUUCAUCAUCGCCCACCGUCUACCAUGGGGACCACCACCAUUCUCCUUCAACUCCUCCACCCCUCUCUCCGAUCCAUCAGACUACAGAAUCCUUGUGAAUGACUGGCCAUAUGGCUUUACGGACGAGAUCACGCAUAUAGUCGUCUGGAGUAAGACGCCUAUUCCGACAGAUGAGGGGACGGGGGAUCUGACGAAGGAUAGUAGGAACAGGGUGGAGGGGUGGGUGAAGAGGACUUUUGGGGAUAGGCUAGGAGAGGAGAGGGUGUUGUGGUUUAAGAACUGGGUGGGCUUGCAGAGUGUGAGGGCUUUGGAGCAUUUUCAUGUUCUGGUUAGGGGUGCUGGGGAGGAGGAUAUUUCGUUUUGGACGGGGGAGACACAGGGGAGGAUGUAG